UGCACACCUAAAACUUGUGGCCAACGUGUAGUAUUCCUUUCGUGGUAACUGGAUUUUGUGCAUUUAUUUCUUAUUCUACGUGCAUAUUCUGUUUGUAAAUAAUGCAUUGGCCAAUAGAUUUAUCGUUAGUUUUCUACUGGCUUGAAAAAAAGAAAAUGAUGAUUUCAGUGCGACCAAGUAACACGUAGAGAUAAAAUGUACGUUCACACAGGUGAGAUCUCUACAACGAAGUACUUUGAACUGUUUAAAGGUCUUAGCCUUAUAUAAGGGUUGUAGGAACAGCAGUAAUGAAAGUGAGAGUGGAGGGCAAUGCCUAUUUACAAGCGGUGAUCAGCUUUAAAUACCCUAAAAUGUACCACAGAGGCGACACACAUGGCUGACUAGCUGUUACAUGUUUUGAUGGAAAGCGAAUCCAUUUUGUAUAAGACCCUAACAACCGGUAAUGUUAAAACAGUCGAUGUGUUUUUCUGAGCUUGCUGGAAUGGCCCUAGAGGUUGCGAUUGAUAAUUGCAGCGUACCAAAUAUAUCAUAUUAAUAUCAUUUACAAACAUGGACAGCAAAGAGGCAAACGUAGAGAGCGCAUCUGCUUAUAGUGGGGUUAUACCAGGUAGAAGCUUAAAUCAACCUCAACAUGAAUUAAUUGGAAGUCCUCGGAGAAGAGAGGCAAGGGAGGAGGAGGAAAAGAAGGAAGAGGAGGAGGAGUCACACGGGAAUCAGAAAAAUGCUGACAAGGAACCGACACAAGUGAAAAGAAAACCAAAAUUUCAACAUAAAUUGCAACCAAUUCAUGACUUGAUUGAACUUGAACGCGAGAAGGAACCAUUCCAAGGUGAUGGAAAAACCAAGAAAGCAAAACGCAAAAAACGCAAGAUGGAUAAGGAAAAGUCUCGAGACGGGAGCGGCAGUUUUACCGUCAGUGAUCCACUUUCAAGGUCUUCGGAAGGGUAUUCAAAGAAAGGAAAGACGUCAGAGGUGAAUGAUAGUACAGGUACAUACACCAAUCAAAGGAUAACCAACAAGUCCUUAAGUAACGCUGACCCUGCUGUGGAAUUGGCAUUAGUGAAAAGUAACGGGACUUAUACCCAAAACGAUGAUGACAAGGAUUGCGUUGGUGAAACAAGACAGAAUAGGAAAGAGCCGAUGGGAUUGUCUAAAAAAAUAACAGCGAGAAGAAUCAAUGAGACAUCUUUCAGGAAUUUUGUAACAAAGAGCAAAAUUAUGAUAAGAAUUCCGUUGAAAGAGGAUGAGUUAGAAAAUGCACAUACAAAGCAAGAGCUCUCAGAUUCUUUUGGAAUAAUAGAUAAUACAGGAUUUGCUGAAAAUGAUGCCUUGACCCGAUACCUUCGAUGUGUACCAGAUACCAAAGCUGACAUCAUCUGGGCUAUGUUGAUCGAUCAGUGGCAUCUGAAGCGGCCACAGCUGAUUAUCUCAGUUACCGGUGAUGCCCAGCGGUUUGACCUGAAGCGCACUAUGCAGGAAAAGUUAAAUUUAAUGAAUGCACCAACAUCAUCAUGUACUUGGAUAAUCACUGGAGGGACACAAUCGGGGGUGUGGGAAUUAAUGGGAGAUGCUGUCAAGGACCACAACUCCAGCUGGGAACGUAAAAAUGAUGUAGUGGUCCUGGGAGUGGCUCCCUGGGGAUGUGUGGCCAACAGACAAGCUCUGGAAGAGGAGGAGAAGAGAAAUCCUAAUGAUAAUACGAACGUCCCACAGGGCAAGAUCCACACACACUUCAUUUUGAUUGAUGACGGCUCGGAAAACAAAUUUGGUGGAGAGAUAGAAUUCAGAUCUAGAUUGGAGAAGUUCAUUUCAGAGCAGAGAGUGGACCCUCAUGACAAAGAUUCGUCUCGAACUAUUCCUGCGAUUUCUAUUAUUGUGGGCGGAGAUAUCAAUACUAUGAAAGUGAUGUGGCAGUCUGUGAUGAAUAGGAUACCAGUGUUAGUGUUACAGUCCUCGGGAGGAGUAGCAGACUUCAUAGCACUUGGCUACAAAAUCACCACCAACUUAUACAAUAAAGAGGAAAGCUUCUUCCCCUUAACUUUUGAUGAAGAUUUAAAGGACCUUGUUGACAUAAUCUUUGCGUGGAAGGCGGAAGAUUUGCCUAAAAAGCAAAAAUUGGUGGAGAGCUGUUUAAAGCAGUUGAGAGAGGCUCUGCAACAUAGAGAACUGUUGACAGUGUUUGAUUUGAACGACAAUGAAACAGAGGAAAUUGACAGAGCCAUCCUAUAUGCCCUUUUAAAAGCCACCAGAUCUAACACCAACACCCAGCUGAGUCUGGCUCUUGCAUGGAACAUGCCAGACAUUGCCAAGAAUGAGAUCUUCACAGCCUCAAACAAGACUAACUAUCAGAAGCUGGAUCUGCACGAUGCUAUGAUGUCAGCCUUCAUACAGGACCGUCUGGAGUUUGUCAAACUCUUCCUGGAGAAUGGCAUUGAUCUUUCCCAGUUCCUCGACAUUCACAAUCUAUGGAAGCUCUUCGUAAAUUGUUUUAAUGACAAAAAUGAUGCUUCUGCACAGUUGCUGAGGAACCUUAUGGACAGGCCUGUACUAGUGCGCAUGAAAAAGAUGAAAAAUGAACCUCUAGAUAUAUCUGAAUAUUUAUACUGCAUCGGACAAGUCAUAGCUGAUCUUCUUUGCAAUAAUGCCAUGUCCUUUGUGUAUAAUCCGAGACUGCUUGCGGUCAACCCUACCAAGAACCUAUUUAUUUGGGCAAUCCUGAUGAACCGUAUGAGCCUCGCUAUACAUUUGUGGAGGAUUGGAAAUGAUCAUGUUGGAACUGCUUUGUUUGCAAGCUGUUUGCUGAAGAAAUUGUCUAAGGAGGCUUACGAAGAAGAUGAGUUAGAACUUAGUACUACAUUAAAAAAGCACUCUUUGGAGUUUGAGAAGCUGGCUUCGGAGGUCCUUGGCAUUUGCUACUUAAAGAGCCGCUACCUGUCUCACCAGUUGUUGGUCAGGGAACUGAAGGAGUUUGGCAACACCACCCUCUUUUGUAUGGCCGAAGAAAAUAUAUUGAUGGACUUUCUAGCCCAGACUUGUUGUCAGACAAAGCUUAGUGCCAUCUGGAAAAAACACAUGGCUCUGUCCACCUCCAGGAAAAAGAUAGUGGCAACCAUAUUAAUGCCUUUAUGUAUAUUUGCCAUAAUAUUUGUGGACAAAAAAGCUUUACGAGAUAAGUUGGACGACCUAGACCCACUUAAUCUCACAGAAAAGAACUGUAUGCCUGAGCAGCAGGAUGUUGCCGUCUGCAAAGACCGUCAUGUAAAAAUAAGAGGUUUGAAUGGAAAAGUGGCUCCUUUUCCAGGUUUCAAGUCAAAGGAUGAGCAGCAUUGGUGUGACUCAAACUGGUGUUAUGAUAACUUUCGCUCCUUUUACACUGCACCAGUUACCAAGUUUAUUACAGCUAUGUUCGCCAACAUUGUGUUUCUUGGGCUGUUUUCCUUCUUUGUUUUGACUGACCUGCAUCCGAUUGGUGAGAAUGGCGCCCCCUCUCUGGUAGAGAUCUUCUCAUGGAUAUACACAAUCACUAGUUUGAUAGACGAGGUCUAUCAGGUUAAAACCAGAAAUCAUGGUUCCAUCUGCCACAAGAUUGGGAGUUGGUUUAGAAAUGCGUGGAACCGCUUUGACAUCGUCCUAUACCUUUUCUUUUUAACGUCGGUCAUUUUGCGGUUUUCGCUCUAUGGAGAGGACUUUGUCUGGGCCCGCAGGCUGUACAGCUUGACAUUAGGAAUGUACUUCUUCCGUUUCUUGCAAUACUUCGAAGCAGAUAAAAAUAUUGGGCCAAAGGUCACUAUGAUCUCCAGAAUGUUAAAUGAUCUGAAGUUUUUCCUGUUGAUCCUGCUGGUGUUUAUCCUGAGUUUUGGGGUAACUUAUCAGGCCAACCUGUACCCCAACGCACCCCAAGAGUGGUCUGUUCUGCAGGAUGUGUUGUACCACCCUUACUGGCAGAUGUAUGGAGAACUGUUCCUUGAAAACAAAGAAGGAAAAGACCCAUCAGAGGAUUUAGGAACCUGCACAAAGAACGAGACUCUCUGGAGGUCAGGGGAGAAGGAACGCUGUCCAGAGAAAAGUUUCCUGGUAGUAUUGUUGAUGGCGGUGUUCUUGCUAUUGACUAAUGUUCUUUUACUCAACCUGUUGAUCGCUAUGUUCAGUGACACGGUCAAGAAAGUCCAUGAAAACUCUGAGAAGGAGUGGAGAUUCCACAGAUUUUCCCUGGUGUAUGAGUACUAUAACAGGCCUUUCCUCUUCCCACCACUGAACAUACUGGAUUACUUUGUAAAAUUAUACAGUGGUGCUGUAACAACAACGAAAGCACCAGCGACAACAAAAAAGACACCAGCUUUAGAGAGAAGCUGAGUAAGAAGGAACAGAAACAACUGUCUCAGUUCGAGCGCAAUGCGAUGGAGGAGUACAUGCGCUCUAAGUUGACUCUGGAAAAGGACAAGACUGACACGAAAAUACAAACAACAGACAAAAGAGUGGACAGAGUAAAUGAGAAAGUUGAUGAAAUUAAAGACAAAGUGUAUCAUUUGUGGUGGAGGCACCAAAAACUAAAUGAUCGCUAAAAUAUUUAACAUUAAACACGAGGGUCUACUCAUCAAGGAAAACUCACAGUUGGAAGUAGAGGUGAACCAGGUGUCAAACUUUGUGAGUGAACUAGAACAUGCUUGCCCUGAAUUCUUUUGUUUUUCGCUUGCAUCUACAAAGACACCAGCAGCAAACUGUAAAAAUCACUUAAUGUGUACAAAGCCAUUAUUAUAUGGGCUGUUAUUGACUGGUUGUGGAAGGGAUAGUACUCUAUUUUUUCGGAGAUAUAAAUUGUAUCAAGGUGUCUUUUUAGAUUGACUUUAACUGUACUGAAUCGGAAUCAAAUUUCAUUUCUGUAUUUUCUUUACACAUUCGCAAAUUAGUUCCUUUAGUGACAAGAAUUUGAAAGCUUUUACAAUUUUGAAGAAUUUAUUUAUUUUUAUGAAGGUGUGAAGUUAUCUUGCCAAUAGGGCCAAGAUGUUUUGGCUCACCUGAGCUGAAAGCUCAAGUGAACCUUUCUGAUUAAUUUGUGUCCGGUGUUCUUCCAUCUGUCUGUCCGUCUGUCUGUUAAUGUUUUACAUUUUCGACUUCUUCUCCAGACCCACUGGCCAUUUUGAACAAACUCGCUACGUAUUAUUGGCUUAAGAAGAUACAUUUUUUUUUAAAAUGAAGGGCCAAGCCUUCUUCCAAUGAGAGUUAAUUAUUAAUUAUUGAAUAUUUGUUUGUAUUUUUUAAAUAUCUUCUCAAAAACACUUGGCCAGAGGAGCUGGGGGCUGGGGUCAAAUUUGUAUAUGUUAGGAAUAUAUAUAUAGAGAAAAAUCUUUAAAAAUCUUUUUUAAAAAUAUUUUGGCCAGAAAAUCUGUUAGUUGUGUGGAAACAUCCUCAGGUAGUGUUGAUUCAAGUUUGUUCAAAACAUGAUCCCAGGGGAUGGGUAAGGACCAUAAUUGGGUUGGGUAGGGGAGGGGUUUACAUAGGAGAUUAUAGUCAUAUGACAUAAAGUGUACACAUUAAUAUCUGGAGACCAGAUCUGGAGAUAAUCUUUUUAUAGAGGAUCUAAUCUACUAAAUGUAAAAUGUACAUUGUCCAGGUUCAUAAAGCUGAUUUAAUUAGCUAUUCUUACUCCGGCGAGCGAUGUGGCCCAUGUGACUUUUGUUUCCUGGAAGUGACGGCAGGUACACGGGUCAGAACUGAAACUACUAUUUGUGAUGGUUUACUUAUACAUUUUCUGAGCAUUGCAUGAACUUGAACUCGCCUUUCAAUGUUUAUGAGUGUGUUUUAUGCAUAUUUAUAAGUUAGUUUGUGUAUUAUUUGUAGAAGUACUUUUCUUAGAUUGUAUAUCUGUGAUACAAUUGUACACGACUUUAUAUAAAUCCAAUCUAGAAGGUUUUGAUCUGAUUGCUUGCAUUUAUAACUAUUAAAUUUAAGUUUCAUUCUAUGAUCAAGUAAAUGAUAAGUGAGAAUGUUAAUAGUUGUAUUUGUUUUAUUAUAUACAUGUUUAUUUUAAAAAUUGAUAAAGCGAUGUUCAUACUUUCUUGCUGAUAUUAUCAAUCAAUAAAAUGAACUGCUUUAUUUUGAUAAAAGAAAUGCUGCACCAACAUUUCACUUUAAUUGAUCAAAAAACUAUUUUUGAGUUAACAUGUACAAUUUGAGAGACAUUUGUCCUUGAAGUAUUUUUCUUUUUUUCAUGUGUAAUAAUCAGGUUGUAUGACAUUUUUUUCUUUUUUAUAUUAGUAGAAAAUGAUGGAAAGUUUGAACAAUUUUUAAAAUAGUCUUGUACAUGUAGUUACAUUUAAAUAGACGAGAUUGAUUGAAUGCGCUUUUUACUGGAUCUUGAUUACUAAUUUUCCUUUGAGCACCUCCUGAUGUAUCGGUACUACUAUCAGUAGUCCGUCCAAUUGACUAAAACAUAGUUUAUGUGAGAUUCUGACAUAUAUUGUAAUUUGUUGGUUUUAUACACGAUUUUAUAAUCUUAUUUACUUAUUAAAUAUUUAAAUUUAAA